AUGGAAAGAAAGAAAGAUAGUCGUGAGAAAGAACAAGUUAAGAAACCUAGAAGAUUAAAUACAUUGUCUAAGAGAAAAAAAGAAAUGGCUUCUAUAAGAAGAAAGAGAAGAGAACUUAUUAAAGAAGGAAAAAUUAAACCACAACAACCUCAAACAUUAGAAAGUAAACGUAUUAAAGAUGAUUCUUUUGUUGAUUUCCAAAAUGAUGAAGAGGCUGUUGAAGAAAUUAAAAAUGAUGAAUAUUCAGCUUAUUAUAAAGGAAGAGAACCAAAAAUUAUUGUUACUUCAACAAUUGCAGCCCAUUCUAACACAAAGAAAUUUGCUUAUUUAUUAAGUAGAAUAUUUUAUAAUGCACAAUAUUUUGAAAGAAAACAAAGUACUAUGCAUAAAAUUAUUAACUAUGCAAAAAGAAAUGAUUAUACUGAUAUUAUUGUUUGUAAUGAUAAUCAUAAGGAGUGUACUGAUUUAUAUAUAAUUCAUAUGCCUUGUGGCCCUUCUUUCCAUUUCAAAUUAUUUAAUUUAAUGAAACCUAAAGAUAUAAAAGGUCACGUUACAGUUUCAACAUGGCAUGUUCCUUGUGAGUGUUUAACAACUGGGUUCCAAACACGACUUGGUGUAAUGGUUGCAAGACAGUUAAAUGCUUUAUUUAGUCAAAAACCGAAUUUUAAAGGAAGAAGAGUUGUUACUUUCCAUUCUCAAAGAGAUUUUAUAUUUUUCAGACAUCAUAUUUAUCAAUUUGAUGAAGCAAAAGAUAACUUUGAUCGUGCUAAAGGUCCAGUAAAAUGUUUAAUUGAUGAAUUAGGUCCUAGAUUCAUUCUGAAAUUACGUUCUAUUCAAAGAGGAACAAUGAAUACUGUUAACCCUGAAUAUAUUUACUUCCGUAAUAUUGAUAAAAGUAAUCCUGAUGAUACUAGUAAAUCUAAGUUCAUGCUUUAA